AUGGGUAGGAGAAAGCAAUCCAAGCCGCACCGUUCUGUUGGUUUGAUCACCGAAACUGGUCCAGAUUCCGAUGGUAAGCAGUUAUCCGGCGACGACGCGGAGGGUUCUCGGGAAAAGAAUGUUGAGAAUAUCGAUAAGCCGUAUUAUGUGAACGUAUGUUCAAGCAGUCUAGUUUCUGAGCAACAGCAGCAGCAGCAGCAGCAGCAGCGGUUUGAUGUAGCUGAAGUUGUUCUAACGAAUUUGAGUUUGAGAGAAGGUGUAUGCACUAGUAGUGGAACACUCACACCAAUUGAUGUUGAUCAUGGUUUGGAUUGCUCGUUACGGUUUCGGUUAUGCAAUGUGACUAAUUUCGUUGAUAGGAUUAAGCUUGGUCACUGGCCUGUGUUGUCUUCAAGUGAUAUAACUUUGGAAUUGGUUGAUAGAAAGGUGACUGAUGAUGAUGAUGAGGGUAGGUUAGUGAUUUGGUCUGCGAGUUUUGACGGUCCAGGUGAAGGUGUUUCGGGUCUUGCUCGUUUAGCGAGUGUAAAGUUUCUGACUUUGAGGCUUGUGCCGGGUGAUAAUGGCUUGUUGUCUCCUAGAGUUAGAGUUGAGAUGCUUCAGCAGGCUUUUGAUGCGUGUGAUUCGCUUCUUGAGAAUACAAGGCAGAUAUGGAAGAAGAGUAUGAUUCAUGUCAUGUCUUGGUUGAGGCCAGAGGUGAUGACAUCAGAGGCUAAGUAUGAGGCAGAAUCAAAGCUGAAGGAGACUGAGGGUUCGAUGGUGAUGGGAGAUGAAACUUCGGACUCUAAUAAACAGUCUAGGUUUGAUGCUGCUGCUUUUUAUGAAGCCAUAAAACCAUCAAAGAUGGAAGCGAUGCUUGAAGAUGACAUAACUGAUUUGCUCCCAGAACUUAGGCCGUACCAACGACGUGCAGCUUAUUGGAUGGUGCAGCGAGAGAGAGGAGAUCCAAUAACGUUGGGAGACAAUGAAGACAGCCAUUUCAUUUCACCUAUGUCUAUCUCCGUUGGAUUCCUUGACUCUGCUUCCAAAAUGUUCUUUAACCCAUUCAGUGGGAAUAUUUCAUUGGCUCCAGAGUGUUUUGCACCUCGAAUUCCGGGUGGUAUCCUUGCUGAUGAAAUGGGAUUAGGAAAAACGGUUGAACUACUUGCUUGCAUCUUUUCUCAUCGUAAACCAGCCGGAGAUGAAAUAUCUGCGUUUGAUGGGUCACCAGCUACUGAUGAUUGUAAAACUGGGCUGAAAAGAUUGAAAUGGGAACGUGUUGAGUGCAUAUGUGGAGCUGUCACUGAAAGUCGCAAAUAUAAAGGAGUUUGGGUACAGUGUGACAUGUGUGAUGCUUGGCAGCAUGCUGAUUGUGUAGGUUAUACACCUAAAGGGAAAGCUAAGAAGCCUGGUCAAGACGUUGAUAACAAAGUAUCUCAAAAGAAGAGCAAAAAGGAUGCAACGAAAUUUGUUGACAGAGAAGGUGAAUUCAUGUGCCAAAUGUGCUCUGAACUUGUACAAGUCACUGCCUCUCCCAUCUCUACGGGUGCCACUCUUAUUGUCUGUCCAGCUCCUAUAUUACAUCAAUGGCAUUCCGAGAUUACACGCCAUACGCGCUCCGGUUCUCUCGUAACACGUAUCUAUGAAGGUGCGAGGAGCGCCUCACUCUCUGAAGAACCUAUGAUCGACAUCACUGAACUCCUCAACGCUGACAUUGUUUUAACUACAUAUGAUGUCCUCAAAGAGGACUUGACACAUGACCACGACAGGCAUGAUGGUGAUCGACACUGUCUUAGAUUCCAGAAAAGGUACCCUGUUAUUCCUACACCACUCACCAGAAUAUUCUGGUGGAGGAUUUGCUUGGAUGAGGCCCAGAUGGUGGAGAGCAAUGCAGCUGCUGCAACAGAGAUGGCAUUGAGAUUAUAUACCAAACAUCGUUGGUGUAUCACUGGAACUCCUAUACAACGCAAACUUGAUGACUUAUUUGGACUAUUGAGGUUCCUCAAAGCAAAUCCUUUCGAUGUUUCAAGAUGGUGGACUGAAGUUAUAAAAGAGCCAUAUGAGAGGCGAGAUGCAAAGGCUAUGGAGUUUACGCAUAAAUUCUUCAAACAAGUGAUGUGGCGUUCUUCAAAAGUCCAUGUCGCGGAUGAGUUGCAAAUCCCACCUCAAGAGGAUUGCGUCUCGUGGCUCAAGUUUUCUGCAAUUGAAGAACACUUCUAUAGCAGGCAGCAUGAAACUUGUGUGAGUUAUGCUCGCGAAGUUAUAGAAACUUUGAAACGUGAUAUUCUCAAAAGAGGUCACAGUUCUUCUGAUAAUCCUUUAAUCACUCAUGCCGAAGCUGCAAAGCUGUUGAACUCGCUCUUAAAACUGCGCCAAGCUUGCUGCCACCCUCAAGUAGGGGGAUCUGGUUUACGUUCAUUGCAACAAACUCCAAUGACCAUGGAAGAAAUUCUAAUGGUCCUUGUGAAAAAGACACAGAGCGAGGGAGAGGAAGCUCUUAGAGUGUUAAUUGUUGCUUUAAAUGGGAUUGCUGCUAUUGCCAUGCUUAAGCAAGAAUUUUUUGAAGCUGUAUCGUUAUACAAGGAAGCAUUAAGUAUAACUGAAGAGCACGCCGAAGAUUUUCGUCUUGAUCCAUUGCUGAAUAUUCACCUUCUUCACAAUCUAGCUGAGAUAUUACCAUUGGUCGAAAGCCACAGUGGUGCGUCAGGAAGCCUUGACAGUAAAACAGAUGAAAAAGAUGAUGAUCAUCAUCGUGCAGCGAAAAGGCGAAAGAUCAAUGAGCUUGACAGUUUAACUCAUGUUCCUUCAGAAACUUCUCCAGACAGUGGUUUAAAGAAGGAAGGAGAGUUUCAUGAAGAACGCAGAACUCUGAAUAUAGUUUGUGACACAUUGAAAGUUAAGUAUUUAUCCACAUUCAACUCAAAGCUUUCUGCAGCACAGCAGGAAUUCACAAAAUCAUACAAUCAGGUUUCCGAGUCACUGAGCAGUAUGGGGAAUCAGCGUUCGAUUUGGUGGUUGGAUGCUCUGCAACUUGCUGAAGAGAAUAAAGACUUCUCCAGCGAGCUGACCAGGAAGAAUGAAGAGGCCAUCAAUGGAAACUUAAACAAUACAAGCUCCUCCAGAGCAGCUUCUCGAUUUAGAACCGUACAUGGGAUGAAACUUCAUCUACAGACUUGUAUGGAUGCGCUGGAAAGCUCUAGAAAGAAAGUGUUCGAUAAGCUUCUACAGAUUGACCAGACUAUGGAGAAACCAAAACUGGAGGAUAUUGAGUGUAUUGGUAACUGCAAGAUUUGCCAGUUGAAGGAUGAUGGCCCCACGUGCACUCAUUGUGAGCUAGAUAAACUGUUCCAGGAAUAUGAGGCUAGGCUUUUCCGCCUUAAGAAAUCUCGUAAGGGAGAAAUGGAAGUUGCAUCUGCUGAAGAGUUGGUAGAUCUGCAGAAGAAGAAAUCUGCGCGUAAUCUUUUCUUUUCUGGCUUGUCAUCGAGCAACAAGGAUCCUAAUCCAUCACAUGGUGGUAAUAAGGAACCCACCAAAAAAAGAAAUGCUGGUGACGCUGUGUUUUUUUCAAAAGCACCAUCUGAGAUGGAAACAGUUCUUGGAGUAAUAAGAAACCAUUACAAAGUUUAUAUGGACAGGGAAAGCAAAUUGGCAGCCACAAAACAUUUACAAACCCUCGAGGUGAUGAGGAAGGAAUAUGCACAUGCAAGAUCCUUGGCUAAGGCUCAAGCUCAACUCCUACGUGCCUAUGACGAGAUUAAUAUGGCUACAAUGAGGCUACAGCUUAGAGAAUCUGAAGAUGACACGUCGAUUUAUGCUUUGGGCAUGGAUGAGUUAGACGCUGCUAGCGUGCAGAACACAAGUGAUAAAUUCUUGGCUCAAUCCUCGUUGCUUACUAUCAAAGGAAAACUUCGUUAUUUGAAGGGUUUGAUAAAAUCCAAACAGAACCAAGAAUCUGAGAGUCCAGAUCAUUCCUCACCAAUACAGGAAACAGUUACUGCUUUAGUUCCUGAUGAACAGGAAGGCGAAAACCUUAUAAAGCGAGAGGAAGCAUGCCCGAUUUGCCAUGAAAUUCUACGAAGUCAGAAGAUGGUUUUCCAGUGCGGUCACAACACUUGCUGUAGAUGUUUCUUUGCCAUGACCGAGCGGGGAUUAAUCCAUGAAAAUCUGCAAAAGUGGGUGAUGUGUCCAAUAUGCAGGCAGCCUACAGAUGUUAGAAAUGUUGCAUAUGCUGAUGACAGACAAAACGGUUCUUCGUCGGAUCAAGACCACAAAGAAAACGAAGCAUCAUUGACUGUUCAAGGCUCUUAUGGAACAAAGAUUGAAGCUAUAACUAGAAGGAUCUUAUGGAUCAAGUCAAGUGACCAACAAGCGAAGGUUCUUGUUUUCUCCAGCUGGAAAGAUGUUCUUGAUGUGUUGGAACAUUCCUUAGCUGCCAACGGUAUCACCUUCAUCCGGAUGAAAGGAGGCAGGAAAUCACAGGAGGCCAUUAGCAAAUUCAAGGGGACCGAGAAAGAAGAGGCAAAAUCGAUCCAAGUGCUAUUGCUUUUGGUGCAGCAUGGUGCCAAUGGCCUUAAUCUUCUAGAAGCACAGCAUGUUAUUCUGGUGGAGCCGCUUUUAAAUCCGGCUGCAGAAGCGCAAGCUGUGGGGCGUGUUCACCGGAUUGGACAAGAGAAGCCUACUUUAGUUCAUCGUUUUUUGGUAACAGGCACGGUGGAAGAGAGCAUCUACAAGCUGAACAGGAGUAAGAGCACAAGUUUAAGCUCAUUCAGCAGCAGGAAUACAAAGAAUCAAGAUCAACAGUUUUUGACACUAAGAGAUCUUGAAUCUCUGUUUGCUUCACCAGCAGCAGAAGCAGAAGAGAACGAAGAAAACAUGGGAGAUAGACAGGAGGAUCUGAGAGAUCUACCGCCCUCAGUCGCUGCAGCUAUAGCAGCCGAGAGGAGAAUGAGAGAAAGUAAUGCAUCCUCAUCGGUUACAAACACAUCAUGA